GCGGCGGCGCUGCCCGCCCCUCCCCGCCCCCGCGGGCGGGCGCGGAGCGGAGCGGGCGGGCGCGGAGCGGCGCGGAGCGGCGCGUGCGCUACGCCUUUAACGCCCGCGCGUAGUGCGGGCCGGCCGAGGCGGGGUUAAAGUUCAGCCCAUGGAGCGGCGCGGCGCCGGCUGCAGUUUAGCAGAGUUGGAAAUGUGAAAGCAAGAAGCAGGCUCGGUUCUCCCCCCUCUCUCUCUCCUCUCUCUCUCUCUCUCUUUUUUUUCCCUCCCUCUCUCUCUCCCUCUCCCUCUCUCCCCCUCUCUCUCCCUCUCUCUCUCUCGCACACACACACACACACACACACACCUCCAAACCACAAAAACCCCCACCGCAGUCAUGUAUUCUCCGCUCUGUCUCACCCAGGAUGAAUUUCAUCCCUUCAUCGAAGCACUUCUGCCUCACGUCCGAGCGUUUGCGUACACAUGGUUCAACUUGCAAGCCCGAAAAAGAAAAUACUUCAAAAAACAUGAAAAACGCAUGUCAAAAGAGGAAGAGAGAGCCGUGAAGGACGAACUGCUAAGUGAAAAACCCGAGGUAAAGCAAAAAUGGGCAUCCAGACUUCUGGCCAAGCUGCGGAAAGAUAUCAGGCCUGAGUUUCGGGAGGAUUUUGUUCUCACAGUCACAGGAAAAAAGCCUCCGUGUUGCGUUCUUUCCAAUCCAGACCAGAAGGGCAAGAUGAGAAGAAUUGACUGCCUUCGCCAGGCAGAUAAGGUCUGGAGGUUGGACCUUGUUAUGGUGAUUUUAUUUAAAGGUAUUCCGCUCGAAAGUACUGAUGGCGAGCGCCUUGUAAAGUCCCCACAGUGCUCUAACCCCGGGCUGUGCGUACAGCCGCACCAUAUAGGAGUUUCUGUUAAGGAACUCGAUUUAUAUUUGGCAUACUUUGUGCACGCAGCAGUGAUGCCUGGAGUGGAGGCUACGUCCCUGGGUGAGGGGAAAACCAUCCAAAAGGGCUUGAUUCGGCAAGAUUCAAGUCAAUCUGAAAGUCCCAGCCAGCCAAGUGAAGCUGAUAUUAAGGACCAGCCAGAAAAUGGACAUUUGGGCUUCCAGGACAGUUUUGUCACAUCAGGUGUUUUCAGUGUGACUGAGCUAGUAAGAGUCUCACAAACACCCAUAGCUGCAGGAACAGGCCCUAAUUUCUCCCUCUCAGAUUUGGAAAGUUCUUCAUACUACAGCAUGAGCCCAGGAGCAAUGAGGAGGUCUUUACCUAGCACAUCCUCUACCAGCUCUACAAAACGUCUCAAAUCUGUGGAGGAUGAAAUGGACAGUCCUGGUGAGGAGCCGUUUUAUACAAGCCAAGGGCGCUCUCCAGGAAGUGGCAGCCAGUCAAGUGGAUGGCAUGAAGUGGAGCCAGGAAGAGGAAACUCACUGGUCAAACCCUUGGACACCAGAAUAGUUGCAUGCAGUUUCCCAGGGAGCCAGAUAGCUCUAAAGCUUCCCAGAUAUCUAAGAAACCCCGACCACCGCGGAGCACUACAUGGAAUGCCAUCGCCAACUACAUUAAAGAAGUCAGAGAAGUCUGGUUUCAGCAGUCCCUCGCCUUCGCAGACCUCCUCCCUUGGAACGGCUUUCACACAGCACCAUCGACCUGUCAUUACAGGACCCAGAGCAAGUCCACAUGCAACACCAUCGACUCUUCAUUUUCCAACAUCACCCAUUAUUCAACAGCCUGGGCCAUACUUCUCACACCCAGCAAUCCGCUAUCAUCCUCAGGAGACUCUGAAAGAGUUUGUCCAACUUGUCUGCCCCGACGCUGGUCAGCAGGCUGGACAGGUGGGGUUCCUAAAUCCCAAUGGUAGCAGCCAAGGCAAGGUGCACAAUCCAUUCCUUCCUACCCCAAUGUUGCCACCACCACCUCCGCCACCAAUGGCCAGGCCUGUGCCUCUGCCAGUGCCAGACACAAAACCUCCAACUACGUCAACAGAAGGAGGGGCCACCUCUCCCACUUCUCCGACCUACUCGACACCCAGCACCUCCCCCGCAAACCGGUUCGUCAGUGUUGGACCCCGGGAUCCCAGCUUUGUAAAUAUCCCGCAACAGACUCAGUCCUGGUACCUGGGAUAAAAGUCUCCGCUUCCCACCACCCUCCGGACAGACCACCUGCCCCCUUCCCCCCUCUGUGACCGGGAGCACAGCCCCGCCGCGCAGCGACUCCACGCCGCGGGAGGGGAGGCCAGCGGACACCGGCAGCGCACGCGGACCUGCAAAUGGCAAACGCUAUGGUUGCACGGCCAAGGCCGUGACUUUUUCGAGAUUUUUUUUUUUUUUUUUUUUUUUUCCGGGGCCGGGGGCGGGGAGGGGAGGGGAGCAGCGGGCGGGAGGGCUCUUUUUUGGUUUUAUUUUUUUUGGUUUUUUUUAGACAACUUAGGACUGUUGUAAUUUCUCACUCGGUGCUGGAAAUGGUUGGGCUUCGUAGCUUCGGGGGCGUCCCCCCUCCCCGCCCCGGCGGUGCCAGCGCUGGGUGCCCCCGAGCAGCCGCAGCCGCCAGCCCUCCCGCAGGGAGCCCGACUGUUUCGCAGCAUCGGCCGCGCUGCUCCCGCGCCGGCGCGCGGCCCCGGCGAGACCCCGACACGCACCCGCACCGUAACGUUGGUAGUAGCCGAAUUCUGCAAUAGCUAACCGGACAGACCUAGAGCAUGGGCGUUUUUCUUUUUCUUUUCUUUUUUUUUUUUUUUUUUUCCUGUAACAUAUCGGAAAAAAAAAAAAACCCACAAAAAAAAAUGGCAGGUUUUUUUCUUUCGUUGGGGUUUUUUUUUUUUUUUUUUUUUUUUACAGUCGGCACUUAGGGGCGUAACGCGAUCCGUAAGAGCAUCCUCGACUAUUUUUUUGUUUGUUUUUUCCACUCGAUUGCAGAGCGAUUUAAAACAUCGAACUACUACUAUUCACUAAAAAAAAAAAAAGAAAAAAAGAAAAAAAAGAGAAAAGUUUGAAAUGCUGCACUUACAUUUAAAAAGAAAACAUUUUUUUCAACAAUUUUCAACAAUUACACAAAAAUUCACGCAGAAAUGGGGAAGUUGGUCUGUUUUGACAGAAACUGACAGGAAUCAAUCAAAACAAUCGAAUUUUGAAUUGAGUAAAGUGCAAUUUCAUUGGAUAGCUAAAUAUCUUUGUAAGAUAGAGAUUGUUGAAAAUUCUAUUUUUGUUUUCCAAGUCCUUCCACCCCGGGACUCUAAAUUAUUGGGGUAAAAAACAGCCUUGCGAGAAAAAGGGGAGCUAUUUUUGCUUUUUAUGUUUUUUAUUGUUGAACUUGUAUCCCUUUAAAACUGAAGGAAAAUUUAAAAAAAAAAAAAACAAAUCUAAUGGUGCUUUUACCACAAUAUGUUAACUACAUUAAAUGCUAAUUAAUCAUUUUCUGUUAUCAAAGCACAUAACGAAAAUUAAAUCAUAAUAUCUGUUAAUUUUAUAAGCUGAAAGUCACUAUAAUGGAUUAUGCCAAUUCUGACAAAUUGUACGUGUUUCCGGCAAUAUAGGGUUUAUCAGUUCUCAGACACCUUGGGAAUAACGUAGAACGGUCCAGAAAUUCAAACACCUUCGUGUCCCUGAACUGGUGCAUUUUCUGGACUGCGACGAAAACUAUACAGAAACAAAUGCUGAUAUUACAACUGAUGCCAGUUCAAAGCAAGGGCACUUGCUGAAGAAGAAAAAAAAAAAAAAGUUUGGACCCCAAACGUCCUGUAUCUUAUGUACAAAAAAAAGGAAAAAAAAAGAAAAAAAAAAGAGUGCAAGUGAUUUUUUCUAUCAGACAGCGGAGCACCCCUUUGCUUCACAUGCAACUUUAAGAAGGUUUCCUAUACUAUACAUAUAUAUACGUUCUGGUUGGCAAGUCCAGCUAAUCAGAGAAAGUCUCUGCAUGUUCUAGUGUUAGUAACUAAUUUUUAUAUAGUUAAUGUAGGGUAAAGUAGAGUGCAUUAAGACACAAUAUUGUAAUCCCUAUUCCAGGCACUUGCCUUUAAACUAUGUUUGUUCGACCCUUCAGAAGGGUUUCUACUACUGUCCUAUACAAUCAAGUAACUGAAAUUCUUGGGAAGACACUUUGCUCCUCAUCUUUUCCCUGAAACGAUGUUUUGUUUUGUUUUCUUAAUUUGCACGAAACGAAAAAAAAAAAAAAAUUCCAUAUCAAUGUGCCUUGCCCUGGAUAGCGAUUAUUUGUGGAAUUGUUGCACAUGUUCCUAUAUUGAAAGGGGGUUUUUCCCUAGUCAAGCAUUUGGAGACACUUUUUGUAAAUGUGACUUUUAUGUCAGCCAUCGUCAGUUCCAACAUCUAGAAUUAAGUAGGAUGUUAGUUGUUCCGCAGAUAGGAGUAGUGUUUAUUGUCCUGUAUGGUCAGUGGCAGUGCUAUUCUGAGAUCUGUAGAUGCUAGAUUAUCAGUAUUUUUGGAUGUUGCUGCAUUUUACAUUUUAUUUGGAGUCUUCCUUUUGUUUUUGUUUUUGGUUUUUUUUUUUCCCAGAUAUAUGAAAAUAUGCAAUACCUGCUUAUAUCAUGUAGAAAAGCUUAGCAAUUAUUAAUUUUUCUUUUAAUUUUUUUUUAUUUGACCAAAGUUGGUGCUGCACUUGACGCAGUGUGUUUUAGGUGUUUGUCUUUGUACUUUUGUGAUUUUGAAUGCACAUGCAGGAAGGGCUCUUCUUAGAGAAGCAGUCAAACUGUGAAGCACUAAGCUGAACCCUGCUUCAAGCAAUUUUUGUUUUACAACUGUUCCUUUCACAAGCAAGCCUUAAAAAAAAAAAAAAAACUUCCUUUUUCUUCAGAUCCCACACCCAUUUUUAUUAGCAGACUGCAAUCAAUCCACAUUCAAUAAAAGUAUAUAAUGCCCAUUUUUAUAUGCACGUUUUUAAACUUCCAAGUUCUGAAAAUUGUUUACUGGUUAUUCUCUAUUUAAGGAAAAAAUAAAAUGUUUUGGAUUUUCAUAUGUGUCUGAUAAGUGGUUGAGUAGUCAUUUUGCUCUAUUGUAUUGUGUGAUUGUUAGUAUAUGGUAUCACAUCCUCUAGCCAGCAUCCUUUGCCUUCCCUAUAGCACUUAGCUGGGCAUUACUUUAUUAAGACAUAUGUGCACUAAAAAAAAAAAAUAGCAGCUUUCAGUGCUUCACAGUGAAGGGAAAAAAGCCUAGACAAACAUUUUGUCAGAGCCUUGCUAUGAGACAAGGUAUUACCAGUAAAUUGGUUGUAUAUACAAUAAAAUUGCACCCUUUUUUAAACAAAACAAACUAAGCAAUAGUUUGGGCAGUUAGUUGUUUUUAGUGAGCAUGUUGUAGUCAUGGCUGCAAAGAGAGAGAAUUAAACUGCCCACUCAGAAGAUAUGUAAUUUGUAUGUUGUAUAGUUUUAUUGAUUACACUGAUUUAUUCUACCCUAUUUUAUAAUGCAGGACUUUUGUAAUGUUGUUUAAAUGAGGAAAAAUUUCUGUCAAAUUAGCUUAGUGGAAUUUCUGAUUGUUCGUUAUAAAGGCAGCGUUCAUAGAAUUGCUUUUUUUUUUUUUCCUUUGGGAACUGGAUUUAAGUUAAAAACUUUCCUGUUUCCUUUUUGUAUGUAUUUAAAUACAGUUAUUUUUCUUCUCUCAAUGGUAUAGCAUAUUCCUAUGCUUGAGAAGUAUAGGCUACUGAAGAACCAUUGUAAAUGGACAUUACAGGUAUGCUGUAUUUUUGAAGGUAUUUUUGUCAUAUUAAGUUUGAUGACGCUAAAGUUAGGGAACUCUGAGCAGAAUUGCGAGAAAAAAAAAUGUUUUAAAGGCUUUAAAACAUUAGGUAGGCGGCCGAGGGUGUUCACCGACAGGGGUUGUAAAGUAUUACACACUAAAUUGAGGUUUUCUUCACCGUAUUGUCACGCAGAAAACCCGGCGGUUCGGCUGUGUCCAGGUGUAGAGGGCAGAGCGGGGCGGGAGCGCCCGGCCACCGGCGCGCGGGGUUAUUUUUCCGUCACCCGAACAACUUUUUUUUUCCCUUUUUUUCCUCUUUUUUCCCCCUUUUUUUCCCCCUCCCGUCUCCGUCGCUCCCGAAAUUGCCGGACGCACAAACACGCUGACCCGGGUUCCCCCCCCCCCAGAUUCCCAGACCUAAAAAUUGCUUAGCCUGAAUCGACUUUUCUCAGUUAAUUCCUCUUUUUUUUAUCCCCCCCCCCCCCUUUUUGAACUAGGGCACUUGCUUUUAUCAUGCCGCACACCCCAGCAAUGCCGUUAUUUAUUCUUCUUCCUUCAUAAUAAAAACUUACGGGCUUAAAGUUAGGCAGCCAUGGUACACUUUGUCUCUGCUGUUUAGUCUCCCUCCCCUUAAGGUCGGAGGGGAAAAGAAACACCAAGUUUUCUCGACUCCGCAGUAUUCAGUCAGCCCACAGGAAUAUGCAAAAUCCCUCUAACAUUUUUUUUUUCUUUCUCUAUUUCUCUUUGUUCCGUAUAUUUGCAGCUUUGUAGUAACAGUGUUAUAAAGUAUUUACUGUACAAAAAUACAGAAAAACCCAGAUGCAUAGCCUAAAACAGUUUUUUUUUCCUUGUGGUGAAUUUUUUUUAAGGAUGUCAGUUAAUAUUGUACUUUGCAUUGUGUCUCUGGAAAUAUCUUUUUUUUUUUUUUUUUGGUAGAAGGCCUCCAUCGAACAAAAUUAAAACCAUAACCGGCAUGACAAUGUAAGGAGAGCUUCAAUGGCACCUAAACGAUAAAUAAAUAACAAAACCAAGCUCAUGAGGCCUGUCAGAGGCAGGCCUGGUGAAGUCACCGCUGCCUGCCAGGCAGGAUUUUCAUUAAAUCAAGCUUACAAUGCCAAUUUUGUCUUGAAGUCAAUGCAUGUAUUACUGUUUGACAGUAAACCCAGCUAUGCCAUCAUCAAGUCCAAGGCUGCGCAAUAGUCUAAUUAGUAUCGAGUACAUUUUCCUUUUAUUUUUUCCAAUAAAAAAGCAGUGGGAUGAAAAUUGCUUUGAUAUAUAGCAGGUAACAUUGAAGCUAUUCCAUAGCACUUAACUGUAGUGAAUACUGUGUCACCAAUUCUGAAAUCAAUUUAAUGUUUAAUGCAAAUCCAUUACAUGGUGCUAUUACAGGCUGGCAAAAUGAUUUACAAAAAUGUGACAACUUGGGCUCAAUUCACUCUGCUUUCCAACAAUGUAAAUGCAUAGCAGUGUUUAUCUGCAUGGAAACUAUGCACUAAUCUAUCCGAAAAAAAAAAGAAAAGAAUAUAUCAACUUUGGUAUCUACUUUCCGUUUACUUCGAUCCUUGCCUUUUUGGUCAUUGUUAUAAUGCCAGCUUUAGGACAGAAAGAGUUAUAAGAAAACCAGCAUAAUACCUGAUAUAUUAAAAUGUAGUGCCUGUGAAAUCUGUAUUAUAUUGCUCUUCUGAAGUAAGAUUUUUCUACACCGGUAGCCUUCGCUGUCUGUCAGAACCUUCUGAUAUAGGUGAUGUAAAAUAACCGUACAAUAUUAAUGCAUGCUAUUCCAUAAUGCUUAGUAGCUGUAUGAAUAUUACUCAAAGUUAUGUUAGUCUUUUUUUCUGACUUGGUUCUUGUCAGAUAGGUUUAAAGAUAUUUCACUGAGAACGCAAAUUCUGUCUUUUCUUGAUUUGGGGUGUUUUCAGUAUUUUGGAGGUAUACAUUUACUUAAAUUCAGUAUUACUUGUGUUUUGGGUUUUUUUUCUUUUUUUUCUUUUUUUUUCCUUUUCUUUUUUUUUUUUUUUUUUUUUCCCUAGAGGGCAGGACAUGGUGUUUGAGACCAGAAAGCCGUGCCUGGUAAGAUUUUCGUCUCGAAAAGCUACCCUAAGAUUUCAAAGCGCUUGCUCUGAAGAACACAAGCCUAAAAGUUCAAAUUUAAGGGACGCUUCUCUAAACCCACAAAUGAGACACUGAGCUCACGUUGCGAGAGGUUUCUUAAUGGGCAGCGGAUAACCAGGUACCCAUGCUUGACCCUUCUUCACACCAGACUUCCUCAUAGAAAAGAAAAACCCUUUCAAAAAAAAAAAAAAAAAGAAAAAAAGAAAAAAAAAAAACCUCAUGUGGUUGUUUAGUUUCAUGCACAGUUGCAAUAUUUUUUCUUCAGACAAACUCUGUACAAACUUUUGGGCCCGAUUCAUAAAAGCUCGGUUGCUAUUAACACGGGGCGCUGGGGGCAGCGCGGGGGGGGCGGCCGCGCCGGCGCUCCGCCGUCCCGGGACGCCCUUCCCAUCGGAAGCGGCUUUUGUCCCCACCGGGAAAAAAGAAACACGCUCGAUUGCUACCUCCAAGCGCUAGGGAAAAGCCUUCCUAGAGGAGAGCACUUGUCUACGCCGUGGACUUUUGUACUUUGCACGCGUUUUUUUUUAGGAGAGGACUGUUUUCCACUUAGUUACUCUUUUAUGCUCCAGCAGGAACAAAAAGCAAUCGCGUUUUGUGAAAUCCCCCGCCGCCUUUUAUCCCCAUCUGCAAAUUAAUACGAGAAAAACAAAAAAAAACCCGGGUGAAUCUCUAGGAGGAGCGCGGUGGGGAGACGGUCGCCCGCCCCGCGCCCCGGCCUCGUCCCGCCGAGCCCCCGCGUCCGCCCGAACCCGCCCGCGGGAACGGCCUGCCGCCACCCCCGUGUUAAUACCACGUUGCGUUCGUUUUCCUUUUCUUUUUAUGAGUCAGGCCCCUCGUGCCUCUAGUAUACUUGUAUUGACUCUCAUAGUUACCAUUUUAGUUUUACUGUGUUCUGUGAAAAAAAAUUGUAAUUGGUUGCGAAUCACUGUGGGCAUCCAUCCUUAUCCAACUAAGUCUCCGCAGGUUUUUUGAGCUGGUGUGGAUUAGUUUAACUCUUGUAUUCAACCAUUAGUGCUACCACCUUCUCACAUUACAAUACAAUUACUGGAAGCAAGUACUGCAUUUCCUAUGCAACAAAAAAGGAAAAUAAAAAAUUGCUAAUGCUAA